AUGGUGACUACUGAAGAUCUUGAUGUGAAGAAGGCUCACACCCCACAUGCAAGAAGAUCUAAAGAGAAUGUUCUUGGAAUAACCGUUCCUUUGCAAUCUGUUAUUUCUAAAACCCCCCAGAACCCUGAACUCAAUGAAGAUACCAUAGGGAAGAAUACUGAUGAUGAUGUUCACACAACUGGUGGUGAUGCUCACAUGGUUGAUGAUGAUGUACACAUUCCCAAUGAUGAUGUACAAAUGACUGAGGAGGAAGAGGAUGAUGUUGGAGUUCAAAAGAAUAAUGAUAAUGCUGAUGUUACUCCGGAUGUCACUAACAACACUGAAGAUGGACCUGAUGCUGAUGCAUGUAUAAAUGUUGUCAAUCUUGAUGAUUUGUCUGAUAGUGAUUUGGUGGCCAAUGUGAACCCUAGCAUAGCAAAACGCCUCAUGACAAGAAGAGGGAAGAAGGUUGUUAAUCAAAGUCCUCCCAAGAGGGAAGUUGUCCUUAAAAGCACCUCUGGCCCUAUGAAGAGGAAAGUUCCAAAGAGUACCUCAACUGGACCCAUCAAAAGUAAAGAUGUGUCCCAAAGUACCCCUAUUGGACCUGUUAAGAGUAAGGUUGUGCCUAAGAGCACCUCUGUUGGCCCUACCAAAUCCUGGAGCAAGGUUGUUCCCAAGAAAAUGAAGGCUCAAGUUAUUGCAGAAUCAGAUUCUGAUGUUGCUAUGGAUUAUCAAGACACUCCAUUGAAGAAGAAACCAACCACUAGCAAGCUUGCUGCUAGUGUGCCUGAGGUACCUAUUGAUAGUGUCUCUUUUCACUAUCCUUCUAGUGCCAACAGGUGGAAGUAUGUGUACCAGAAGAGGCUGGCCUUGGAGAGGGAGUUGGUUCAGAAUACCCUUAAGUGUAAGGAGAUCAAGGACCUGAUUAAUGAAGUUGGGUUAAUAAAGAUUGUAACUCAUUUCUCUAAGUGUUAUGAGAUGCUGGUGAAGGAGUUUAUUGUGAAUCUAUUAGAAGACUGUGCUGAUAGAAAGUCAAAAGAUUUUAGGAAAGUGUAUGUGAGAGGAAAGUGUGUCACAUUCUCCUCAACUAUUAUAAACAACUAUCUAGGAAGAUCUGAUGAAGCUCAACCUGAGCUGGAGGUGUCUGACAACAAAGUAUGUGAGGUUAUCACUACUGAGCAGGUGAAAAGCUGGCCCCUGAAGGGAAAAUUUUUUGCAAGCAAGCUCAACAUAAAGUAUGCCAUGCUACACAAGAUUGGAGAUGCUAACUGGCUUCCCACAAACCACAAGUCAAUCGUUGCUACUAUCCUGGGAAAAUUUAUAUAUGCAGUUGGAACCAAGACAAGGUUUGACUAUGGUAUCAUUUUGAAUCAGUAUCCUAACAUUUUAAAUGAAAAUGACUCUGUCUGCAAGAGAGAAAGUACCAUGUCUUUCCACUACAAGCUGUUUCAAGGAACCCAUGUUCCAGACAUUGUCAUGACUUCUGCUGAGACAUCCAAGGGAACCUCAAAGAAAAUCUGCAAGGAACUGGAUGCCAGGAAGGUGGCUCUGGAGAAGAUGAUAAGCACAUUGGAGAUGGAUGAGAAUGAUACUUUUGUUGAUGCUGCAGAGACAGAAGGACAAGCUGAACAGGAAAAUGGAAGUGAUUCUGAUGACGAGAAGGAAGAAGAAGAGGUCAGUUUAGCUGAUGGCACAAAUAAGGAAAUUGAUGAUGAUAGCUCUAGUGGCUCUGAGUCUGAUGACUAG